AUGUCCAACUACGGUGGCGGUCGCGGUGGUGGCUAUGGUGGUGGUCACGGAGGCUACGGUCGCGACAGAAGCGACAGAGGAGAUCGAAAUGGAUAUGGCGGCGGCUACGGUGGAGGACGAUCUAAUGGCUACAGCAAUGGCUCUCACGGCCACGGCAACGGCUUCGGCGGCGGCUAUGGUGGUGGCCAUGGCGGCUACGGUGGCGGCGGCGGCGACCGCAUGGGCAACCUCGGUGCUGGUUUACAGAAGCAAAAUUGGGACCUCGCUACCUUGCCCAAGUUCGAAAAAUCAUUCUACAAAGAGAUGCCGGAAGUCGCCAACAGAUCCCCUGCAGAGGUCGAAGCUUUCCGUCGGAAACAUCAGAUGACCAUUGCAGGACGAGAUGUGCCUAAGCCUGUUGAAACCUUUGACGAGGCUGGAUUUCCGCGCUACGUCUUGGAAGAGGUCAAGGCCCAGGGCUUCCCGGCUCCUACUGCCAUUCAGUCACAGGGAUGGCCAAUGGCUCUUUCUGGACGCGACGUUGUCGGUAUUGCCGAAACGGGUUCAGGAAAGACCUUGACCUACUGUCUUCCCGCAAUCGUUCACAUCAACGCCCAGCCCCUCUUGGCCCCCGGAGAUGGUCCCAUUGUCCUCGUCCUGGCCCCGACACGUGAACUUGCUGUCCAGAUUCAGCAAGAAAUCACCAAAUUUGGUCGCUCCUCGCGUAUUCGCAAUACCUGCGUUUAUGGCGGCGUCCCCAAGGGUCCUCAGAUUCGUGAUCUCUCCCGAGGCGUCGAAGUCUGCAUCGCCACUCCUGGCCGUUUGAUCGACAUGUUGGAGGCUGGGAAAACAAAUCUGCGACGUGUCACUUAUCUCGUUCUUGACGAAGCGGAUCGCAUGCUUGACAUGGGUUUCGAGCCCCAGAUUCGAAAGAUCAUUGAGCAGAUUCGGCCUGACCGACAGACGCUCAUGUAUUCCGCGACAUGGCCAAAGGAGGUACGAGCCAUGGCUGCUGAUUUCCAGACCGACUUUAUCCAGGUCAACAUUGGCUCCAUGGACCUAUCCGCCAACCACCGAAUCACGCAGAUUGUGGAGGUUGUCUCGGACAUGGAAAAGCGCGAUCGCAUGAUCAAGCAUCUUGAGCAGGUCAUGGAAAGCAAAGAGAACAAGGUUCUCAUCUUUGUGGGAACAAAGCGAGUUGCCGAUGACAUCACGCGAUUCCUCCGCCAAGACGGCUGGCCAGCGCUCUCUAUUCAUGGCGACAAGCAGCAAAACGAACGUGACUGGGUUCUCGACCAGUUCAAGACGGGAAAGAGCCCCAUCAUGGUGGCCACAGACGUAGCAUCACGUGGUAUUGAUGUUCGCAACAUCACCCAUGUGUUGAACUACGACUACCCCAACAAUUCGGAGGACUACAUCCACCGAAUUGGCCGUACCGGCAGAGCUGAUCAGAAGCAGGCUCGUGAGCUCGUCAAUGUCCUGCAGGAGGCCAAGCAAAAGAUUGACCCGCGCCUCGCCGAGAUGGCCCGUUUUGGUGGCGGAGGAGGAGGCCAUCGAUAUGGAGGCUGGGGACGCGGACGAGGUGGCGGUAGAGCCAACGCCAACAGCCAACCCCUGGGAAACCGAAGGUGGUGA